UGAGGAUGGAUUCGGUGACAACAAAUUAGAAGUGCAUCGACAUUGUCUUUGGAGAGGGAACUGAUGUUCAGCUUCCUCUUGAAGUCCUGGAGCGCCUCGCAGUCCCCGCUGAGAGCCAAGCCGGUCAAAAUACAGCAAGCACAGCUCCACAUUUUGCGCCGCAGACUUCAUAGUGUGUCAUAGGAAGGGUCGUGACCCUGUGCAGCAGCAGCCACCAUGGCAGAAGCACACCAGGCGGUGGCCUUCCAAUUCACUGUCACCCCUGAUGGCAUUGAUCUACAGCUGUGCCAUGAGGCUCUACGCCAGAUCUACCUCUCUGGCCUCCACUCCUGGAAGAAAAGGUUCAUUCGCUUCAAGAAUGGGGUGAUGACUGGUGUGUACCCUGGGAGCCCACCUGGUUUCAUGGUGGUGGUUGUGUCCUACAUGUCCUACAACAAAUAUCAUAAGCUGGAUCCCUCUCUGGGGAUGUUUGCCAAACUAAGCCAACACAUACCUAUCGGCCGAUACAUGUCUGAAGACAGCCAGAAGAUAGUUGGGGGUGUUCUGGUGGGCACAGGCUUGUGGAUCACCAUAAUCUUUAUCAUGAGGAAUGCCCUGAAAUGCCUGUUGUCAUGGCAUGGCUGGAUGUAUUCUCGUCACGGCUCAGUGUCCCUGGGCACUCGUCUGUGGAUGUUGUUAGUGAAGGUGUUCUCUGGCAGGAAGCCAAUGCUGUACAGUUUCCAGAACUCCUUGCCUCGGCUACCUGUCCCCCCAGUAAAGGACACAUGCAGAAGGUACUUGGAGUCAGCACGCCCGCUGAUGGAUGAUGAGCAGUUUGAAAGGAUGAAGGGCUUGGCUAAGGAUUUUGAGAAGAACCUGGGACCUCGACUGCAGUGGUACCUCAAACUGAAGUCCUGGUGGGCCUCCAACUAUGUCAGUGACUGGUGGGAGGAAUAUAUCUACCUCAGAGGCCGCGGGCCCAUCAUGGUCAACAGCAACUAUUAUGCCAUGGACUUCCUGUAUGUGUUCCCAACCUCCAUUCAGGCAGCCAGAGCAGGUAAUGCCAUCCAUGCUAUCAUGCUCUACAGGAGGAAGCUGGACAGAGCCCAGAUCAAACCAAUAUACUUGUUGGCGAACAAGGUUCCUCUGUGUUCGGCUCAGUGGGAGCGGAUGUUUAACACCACCCGCAUCCCUGGUUUGGAGACAGACACCAUUCAGCACAUGAACGAGAGUAAGCACAUCGCCGUCUACCACAAGGGGCGCUUCUUCAAAGUCUGGAUGUUUUAUGACGGGCGGCUGCUGUUGCCACGGGAGAUAGAGCAACAGAUGGAGAGGAUCCUGGCCGACAAGUCUGAGCCGAUGCCAGGGGAGGAGGCGCUAGCUGCGCUCACUGCAGGGGACAGGACUCCAUGGGCCAAGGCUCGUGACGCCUACUUCAGCCGUGGGAAGAACAAGCAGUCACUGGACGCCAUUGAGAAGGCAGCCUUCUUUGUGACUCUGGACGACACUGAGCAGCGUUUUGUUGAGAAAAACCCAAUCAAGUCUCUGGACAGCUUUGCCAAGUCGCUCCUCCAUGGAAAAUGCUAUGACAGGUGGUUUGAUAAAUCCUUCAACCUCAUCGUCUUCAAGAAUGGCACCAUGGGACUGAACGCAGAGCACUCCUGGGCCGAUGCUCCGAUCAUUGGGCAUCUUUGGGAGCAUGUGCUUUCCAUGGACCCCUUUAAGCUGGGAUACACUGAGGAGGGCCACUGCUGCGGGGAGCCGCACCCCAACCUGCCUGGCCCCCAGAGGCUGCAGUGGGACAUCCCUGCUGAGUGCCAAGAUGUCAUCCAGAGCUCUCUGACGAUAGCCAGGACUCUGGCUGAUGAUGUGGACUGUCACAGCUUCCCCUUCAACGACUUUGGCAAGGGUCUGAUCAAGAAGUGCCGCACCAGUCCUGAUGCCUUCAUCCAGAUCGCCCUGCAGCUGGCCCAUUACAGGGACAAAGGGAAGUUCUGCCUGACGUACGAGGCCUCCAUGACCCGUCUGUUCAGAGAGGGCCGCACAGAGACCGUGCGCUCCUGCACCAUGGAGACCUGCACUUUCGUCCGCUCCAUGAUCCGAGAUGAGACCAGAGAGGAGCGUCUGAAGCUGCUGAAAGAGGCAGCGGAAAAGCACCAGAACAUGUACCGUCUGGCCAUGACAGGCAAAGGCAUCGACCGCCACCUCUUCUGUCUCUACGUGGUUUCCAAAUACCUGGGAGAGGACUCGCCCUUCCUCAAAGAGGUGCUGUCUGAGCCAUGGAGGCUGUCCACCAGUCAGACCCCACUGCAGCAGGUCGAGCUGUUCGACCUGGUCAGACACCCCGAAUACGUGUCCUCUGGAGGCGGCUUUGGUCCGGUGGCUGAUGAUGGUUAUGGUGUGUCCUACAUCAUUGUUGGUGAGAACCUCAUCAACUUCCACAUUUCAAGCAAACACUCAAGCCCAGAAACUGACUCCCACCGUUUUGGCGGCAACAUCCGACAGGCCAUGCUGGACAUUCUCGACCUCUUCCAGCUCGACAAGAAAGCCAUCAAGUGAUUGCCCUGUGCUUGGGGGGCAAAAAAACACAUAAGAUUUUUUUUCAACAAAAGAUGUAUUCUUCCUGAAGCUUGUACAGAAUAAAUGGGUUUUAUUUCUAAGUUAAUUAUUGUUGAAGAAAUAAUGAUGACUGAGAGGUGUUUGGAAAUAUUAGUGUCAUUUUGUUGUGUUUUUGUGAGGGGUAUAUGUGUAUGUAUGAGCAACGUGAGAUUCUGGUGGAUUUAGGUACGGGUAGUGCACAGAUCAUAGUUGAUCUAUAGGACUGUAUGCGCUGGUGCCUUAGUGACCCGCUAAUGUAAAAGGGCAGAAAGGGAGAAGGGGGGAAACGGUUAGUGCCACUCUAGUACAGCAAGUUCGAGGUCAAGUCAACGGGUGAACAUUCAGUAUCCAGUGUCAUCCAUUGUGGGAAUCAAAAUUUCCGAUUGGGUCAAAGAAUGCUGCAAGAUUUUUAAUUAAUUUUGUCCAAAUAAUUCCACAUACCUGUGGAGAUGGGAAAGACAUUAACCCUGGAGUGAAAUCAUUUCUACAAACCUAACAACAUUUGUUCUCAUCAUUUCAUGUCAUUCAGUCGAGAUGAGAUGUUUAACAGCUCUGAGGACUCUGGUAUUGAAUGAAGCCUGUCAGAGUAGAAACGUUGAUGUAGAAUGGGUUUCACUUUUUGCAGAUGAUCGAAAAAAAAAAAAGAGGUAGUCAGCGAUGAUGCGGGAAGUGACGCUGGAUCGGCUCAGCUUUUACUCUGGGAAGCUUGUUGCGUAUCAAUGCAGAAGACGAGGUCUGGUCCCUGCGGCCCAGCCUGAAGAGUGGAUGUCCAUGACCUUUCUGACUCUCAUUUGUACAGCCAGUUGUUUUUUUUUUUUUUUCUCUCUCUCUCUCUUUCUUUUGCUGCUAUGUUUUAUGACGUAGCGAUAAAGGCAGAUCAUAUUUGUGUGUUGUUUUUGUCGUUUCCAUACUCAGGUUUUAUUAACUCGGCCUAGUAUUCUAUGGUGCUGGCGACGGCGUUGCAGGUUUCGCGCUAACGUGAGCAUGUGCCUGUGCGACAGUACAUGAGGAUGAGAUGCAAUACAAUGCCAUGUGACUCCAGUGAGGCUGUUUGAUAGGAUAGCAUUGACUUCCCUGUUGUAGCUGAGAGUUUGGCUGGAGGUGGUGCUUCCAGGGGUAGUCUCACUUGCACAAUGUUUUGAAUUUGGCUUUUUUUUUCUUCUUCUUCUUCUUCUUUUUCUGUUGUGUGCUAAAAAAGAGUGGGGCCACCGCACUUUGACUGUGUUGUGCACUCCAUGACUGGUCCUUCAGCUCAAACUAACAAAUUCCUUACUACCUUGGUAGCCUUCUGUCAGGUCGCCGUGAUCUGAUGUGUCUGUCUUGGCUUCAUAUCAGCCGCGGAUGGGAUUUGUAAACUUUACGAGCAGACUGUCGAGAUGUCAAAUGUCAUUUCAGCAUUGUGAUGUUGCAGCUUUUGGUGUCGCGUAGACAGGAAAUGCUUAAUCGGUCAGUGGCUUGUCAUGUCCCUCUAAUAGGAAUUGUUUUGUUCCUCUCUGUGUUAGACGGCUUGUAACAUUGUUCACAUUUCAAGGCCUACAAAUGAGGCCAAACAGAUAAGCAGUAAUAUUUAGGACUAGGCCACAUCACGUGCAGAUGUACAGAAGGGCUGUCAUGCUUAGGAAUGCAUUUCUGUUUGCUUUUUAUGUUCUGUCAGCACAGGUUUAUUUUAUUAUAUAUAUAUAUAUUUUUUGCUGCCGCGUUUUAACCUCUUUAUUCACACAUUGAACUGUUCAAGUUGUGUUUUUAGACUUUUACCAGUUAAGAGUGCAGCGUAUGAUGAGUACUAAGUUAAGUUAAAUUUUUUGCCGAUUUUAAAAAGUGAAAUGAACAAAAACAUUUUUAUUCCUUUUUUUUUUUUUUUUUUUUGUUUGACAUGACAUUUAGUUUUGUUGUCACACACUUUGACGAUGAUAUGUUGUAGUUGUAUGAGUUUUUAUCUCAGUAGACCUCAUGUUUACGCUGCUGCAUGGUUUUCAAGAUGAAGCUGUAUAUGUUUGCCUUUAAUUAAGAUGUGCAAAAGAAAAGCAGCUUAUAUACCAAAACAAGUUUUAACACAAUAAAAGUGAAUGUCAGAGAGCU